UAGGUCAUCAACAUAGAGGGAUGAAAUUGUUUGAUGCUCAUUGUCACCUCCAAGAUCCAAGAAUCCAUAAAAUCUCCCCUCAGAUAAUCAAAACAGCCCUUGAUGCAGGAGUAGUCCAUAUUGCUGUCAAUGGAGUUUCUGAAAAAGACUGGCAGUCGGUGAAAGAAAUGAGUGGAGGCAAUCUUUGUAUUAUUCCAAACUUUGGUCUCCAUCCCUGGUUUAUCCCUGACAGAACUCCCAAUUGGCUGAACAAUUUGAAGGAAUUUCUCGAGUGGACCCCUGAAGCUGCAGUUGGAGAGAUUGGAUUGGACAAAGCACCAUGGGCAAGUCAUGUUGAUUAUGCAGAUCAACUUGAAGUUUUUAGUCAGCAGCUUCAACUUGCCAAGGAACUCAAUAGGCCAGCAUCAAUUCAUUGUGUGGAAGCUUUUGAUGAUAUGAUUGAAAUAUUGAAAUCUUUAGGGCCAUUCCCUGCUGGUUUCUUGCUUCAUUCUUACAUGGGUUCUGCUGAAUUAGUUCCUGAACUAGCUAAUCUUGGUGCUUAUUUUUCGAUUUCCGGGCAUCUUAUGCCUGUGGAAGAAAGCAAGGCAAAGAAGAUUCUGCAGGCAAUUCCUCUUGAAAGAAUUUUACUAGAAACUGAUGCCCCAGAUGCUUUACCAAAAUCAUUACAUUCAGGUUGUUUGCCUAUUGUUGCCAAGGAAGCUUCUAUACUCCAAGAUGAGGGAGGAGACAGAUCAGAGUUGGCAAUAGAUACCCUAAAUCAUCCAGCCAACAUUCAUCAUGUGCUUAACUAUGUUGCAUUUUUACUUGAGAUGGACAAAGAAGAACUUGCUCAGAUAAGCUAUGAGAAUGCAAGAAACAUCUUCUCUUAUGAAGGUUCAAAAUUUUCUGCUUGAAGGUCACAUUUGUGCUUUGAUUACAACAGUUUGAAAUCAGGAAGGAUAGAUUGUCAUAUCAUAUGGAAUGUUACAACU